GAUUAUGUACAACCCCUGGAAUCCAAUGCUCUGCUUGCCAUUACAUGUUGUUACAUGGUCGGAUCUGGGGCCCCUCUUCCCUCACUCUCUCGCACGCGCACACUUUUCAAAACCCUUUUUAUCCUUUCCACGGCAAAACAAAUCGAAGAAACACAACACUCUCUCUCAAUCUUCUUCGCUUCCCGUUUAAAGGGUUGCUCCUUCUCUUUUUUCUUUUUUGUUUUUCUUGCCGCUAAUAAUAAUGGAUGGUCAAAGGAAUGACCAUGGCAAAAGAUCACAGCAUUCACAAUCUGAUUAUGGUGGGGGUAAAAGAAGAAACCCUGGAGACGACCCUUCUGACCAGCAUACUGUUACCAAUGAAGAUACAGUCUAUCGUUAUUUAUGUCCUUUAAGAAAGAUUGGUAGUAUUAUUGGUAAAGGUGGAGAGAUUGCUAAGCAAUUAAGGGCGGAUAGUAAGUCAAAUAUUAGGAUCAGUGAGGCAAUGCCGGGUUAUGAUGAGCGAGUUGUUACUAUUUUUAGUUCCAGUGACGAAACUAAUCUUUUUGAAGAUACUGGUGAGUAUGUUUGUCCUGCCCAAGAUGCGCUUUUUAUGGUUCACGAUAGGGUUAUUGCCGAGGACUUGAAUAAUGCUGCUGCUGCUGCUGAGGAGGAGGAGGAGGAGGAUAGGUUUGGGGAGGUGCAGCAAGUUACUGUGAGAAUGCUUGUGCCCACGGAUCAAAUUGGUUGUGUUAUAGGGAAGGGUGGACAAGUUAUUCAGAAUAUAAGGAGUGAGACUCGUGCGCAGAUUCGGAUUACCAAGGAUGAGCAUUUACCUCCUUUGGCUCUGAGUACUGAUGAGCUUCUCCUGAUACAUGGAGAACCUUCUGUUGUGAGAAAGGCACUUUACCAAGUGGCAACACGGCUUCAUGAGAAUCCAUCUCGGUCACAGCACUUGCUAUUGUCUUCUUCAGCCAACACAUAUCAAUCUGGUGGCAUGUUUGUCACUGCAAAUGCUGGAGCCCCUCUUUUGGGUCUAUAUGGCAAUUAUAAAGGUAGUUGGUCAUCAUCCUUUUACCCGGACCAGAGAGAUGAAGCUUCUGCAAAAGAUUUUUCUCUUCGUUUAGUUUGUCCCAUUGCAAACAUCGGAAGUGUGAUUGGGAAAGGUGGUGGAAUCAUCAAACAAAUUCGACAGGAAUCCAGGGCAUCUAUUAAAGUUGAUAGCUCAGGGGCUGAAGGAAAUGACUGCAUAGUAUUUAUAUCAGCAAAGGAGUUCUUUGAAGAUCAAUCUCCAACCAUGAAUGCAGCACUGCGCUUGCAACCACGAUGCAGUGAAAAAACUGAAAAGGAAUCAGGUGAUUCUGUAAUCACCACCCGCCUGCUUGUGGGAAGAUCACAAAUUGGAUGUCUUAUGGGGAAAGGUGGGGCAAUUAUUUCAGAAAUGAGGAAUCUAACAAGGGCAAACAUCCGGAUUAUUUCCGAUGACAAUCUUCCUAAGGUUGCUGGUGAAGAUGAUGAGAUGGUGCAGAUCACUGGAAGCCUUGAAGUUGCUAGUAAUGCUCUUUUGCAAGUGAUUUUAAGGUUGAAAGCCAAUAUAUUUGGAAGAGACGGAGCACUAACUACAUUUCCACCGGCUCUUCCGUUCAUUCCUGUGUCACUAGAUACAUCAGAUGGUCCAAAAUAUGGGAGCCGAGACAGACAAUCACGUGGGCGCGGAUACUCUUCUUCAUCUAGUGGAUAUGGUUCUCAUGACGUGAACCCAAGUGAUAAUUAUGGAAGUAAUGGAGGUCCACUGAUUGGCGGUGAAGGCAGUUAUGGAGCAUAUGGUGGCUUCUCAUCUGGUCGUUCUAGUGGUGCUGGGUUAUCUGGUCAGAACCCUGUUUCCCAAAGAAAAAAACAUGGGUAUUAGUCCUGUAUUCCAUUCUAGGGCCAACAGGCACAUCUCUUGAUGGUCUGUGUUCAGGUUUGUUUCAUAAGCUGUGGGAAACUCACAAUUAGUUUAGCUGGGAGGUAGUUGUACACAUCCCUUUUCUAGCUGAUUCACAAAUUGCUGGCAUGGUGAAGGUGAAAUCAGCUUGAGGGGUAGGCAUAUUCUAUACAUUGCAUCUUAGUGUUCAUGGCCAUUAGCCUUGGAUGGAUGGGUUGAAGUCCUUUGUGCAAUUAAUGUGGCAGGUUUGAUGCAUCAACUAUUUUCAUUUGCAUCACCAGCAGGUAUGUUUCUUUGCUCCUGGUUUUCAGUAAGCAGGAUGUUUGUACGGGUCAUGACCUGGCUGCCUUAUUGGUAAUUAGUUAGCUGGCUGCUGUUGUAUAACAAUGCAAGAACACAAAGAUAGUCAGGCAUGAUAUCAUUGUCUGUUUGAUGCCCAGCAAUUUAAAAUUGGUUAAGUAGGUCUUCCCAAUACUAAUAUGAAACUAGACGCUAUUUCCACGUUCUUUUAUGGCACUGGUAUUCAAUCUCAUCUCGUCUAUGGAGACAGACUCAAGAAACAAGUGAGAUUGCCUUAUUUUUGGAUGUGUUCGCUGGUAUGGUUACCGUGUUGAGCGAUCAUCACUUUUGAACAUAGAAAUCUUCUAAAUAAUGUUUGUAUACCUGUUUUUUCUGGUAUAGUUAUAUGCCUAUGUUUUCAUUAUGCCUGGUUUCUUAAUUUUCUUGUGGAAGCAAUCUCAUCGAACUUUGAUUUGUUGUUUUAUAUAAUGUUUCAGCAUAGUAGAUGGUAUCUGAUUCUUGGUUGUUCUACUUUCUCACCUCUUCAAGGCAGUUAAAUAUGAGUGUGUAUGUGGGAUUCUUGAUGUGGCUGGGACUUUUAGAGUCAAAUUUGAGUAAUCGAUUUGAUAGUGCAGUGCAUUCAAUUAUCUGGAGAACUAAUCUGUAGUAAUUAACUUGUGUUUUGCUUAUAUUGUGAAGGGUGAAGAAUGCUUUCUGCUGCCGAACUCCUGAAUAGUUUCUCUUCUUAAAUGGCCUGUAAUAUCUUUUAUAGGUAGGAUUUUGUCAUGAAUAAGAUUUUUGUAUUAGCUGAUGAUUCUGUCUUCGCUGUUGAAUAGCUCGACCUUCCCUCCCGAUUUUUUCCCUCGAUCAACGUUGUUCACAACAAUGUUAACAGACUUGGAUUAACCGUA